CUAGCCCGAGCCGCCUGCGCGCGCGCGCCCCGCGGAGGCCGGGACUCUGCCCUGGGAGGAGCCGGGCGCGCGCUUCGCUCCAGCACCGGCUUCAUGACGCCCCCGCGGGCAGCAAGGGGGAACCCCGAAGCCGCCUCGAGGCCCCGACUGGACCUGCAGUUUCUCCGACGCUUCCUAAAGAUACAGUCCAUCUUGUUUCCCUAUUGUUCAUCACAGAAUGUGUUGAUGUUCCUGACCCUUCUUUGUGUCACCCUGCUGGAGCAACUGGUCAUCUACCAGGUGGGACUAAUACCCAGUCAAUACUAUGGUGUCCUAGGAAACAAGGAUCUGGACGGAUUCAAGUCCUUGACAUCUUUAGCCCUUUUUCUCAUCGUGCUCAAUUCCACACUGAAGAGCUUUGACCAGUUUAUCUGUAACUUGUUGUAUGUGAACUGGAGGAAGGACCUUACUGAGUACCUUCAUUGCCUUUACUUCCGGGGCCGAAUUUACUAUACCCUCAACGUGAUUCGAGACGACAUCGAUAAUCCGGACCAGCGCAUCAGUCAAGAUGUAGAGAGAUUCUGUCGGCAACUCAGCACCAUGGCCAGCAAGCUGAUCAUCUCCCCCUUCACCAUCACUUACUACACAUAUCAGUGCUUUCAAAGCACAGGCUGGCUUGGGCCAGUGAGCAUCUUUGGCUAUUUUGUCCUGGGGACCGUGGUGAACAAAGUCCUGAUGGGCCCUAUUGUUUCAAAGCUGGUGCAGCAGGAGAAACUGGAAGGAGAUUUCAGGUUUAAGCACGUGCAGCUUCGGGUGAAUGCUGAGCCAGCAGCUUUCUAUAGAGCUGGGCAUGUGGAACAUGUAAGAACGAAUUAUAGGCUGCAGAAACUCCUACGGAUUCAGAAGGAGCUCAUGUCCAAGGAACUUUGGCUCUAUAUUGGCAUCAACACAUUCGACUACUUGGGCAGCAUCCUGAGUUAUGUGGUUAUUGCAAUCCCCAUCUUCAGUGGCGUCUAUGGAGACCUGACCCCAGCAGAGCUAAGCACUCUGGUUAGCAAGAAUGCCUUUGUGUCCAUUUACCUCAUUGGUUGCUUCAGUCAACUCAUUGACCUCUCGACAACUGUCUCCGAUGUGGCUGGUUAUACACACAGAAUUGGGGAAUUGCAAGAGGCCCUGCUAGCUAUGUCUCUAAGUUCUCAAGACUCUGAGUCAGAAGAUCUGGAUAAAUGGGAAUUUGAUGAGGCCCCGGGCUCAAAGGUAGCAGACACAGCCUUUCUCCUGGACCGGGUCUCCAUUUCAGUCCCCUUCUCUGACAAGCCAGUGAUCAAGGAUCUGAGUCUGAGAAUUUCCCAGGGGCAGAGUCUGCUGAUCAUGGGAAACACAGGCACAGGAAAGACCUCCCUGCUCAGAGUCCUGGCUGGCUUGUGGGAGAGCAUGCGUGGUACUGUAGAGAUGCUGACGUUUUUCGGUCCUCAUGGAGUGCUGUUUCUGCCUCAGAGACCCUUUUUCACAGAUGGGACCUUGCGUGAGCAGGUAAUUUAUCCUUUGAAAGAGAUCUACCCAGUAUCAGGUUCUGCUGAUGAUGAGAGGAUCAUGAGGUUCUUGGAAUUAGCUGGCCUGUCGAGUCUGGUGACAAGGACAGGCGGACUGGACCAACAGGUAGACUGGAACUGGUAUGAUGUUUUGUCCCCAGGAGAGAUGCAAAGACUCUCUUUUGCCCGGCUCUUCUAUUUGCAACCUAAAUAUGCAGUGCUGGAUGAGGCAACCAGUGCUUUGACAGAAGAGGCAGAGAGCGAGCUCUACCGAAUCUGCCAACAACUGGGCAUGACACUCAUCAGCGUGGGCCAUCGAAAAAGUCUGGAAAAGUUCCACUCCUCAGUUCUGAAACUUUGCGGAGGAGGUAAAUGGGAAUUGAGCGUCCCCCAGGAAGAACGAAGCGGCCGGAGAGCUGGGCCUCCCCUGCAGGAGGGGGCCGGGCCUCCAGGAGGACGGGUUGAGUGAGAGGGCCUAGGCCUCUGAGGAGAGGAGACUCCUGUGGCCUGAAGGCCUCUGCCACGGGCUUCAUUUCCCUGGGCACAGCCUCUCUCCCCAGUGCCUUUUUUGGGAAAUAUCCCAUCUCAGCCAGAACCCUGAACUCUUUAAAUGGUUCAUUAUACAAGUAUUUUCUUUCUUUCUUUUUUUAAACCCCUUACCUUCCAUAUUAGAACCAAUACUGUGUAUUGGUCCUAAGGCAGAAUUGUGGCAAGGCCUAGGCCUUGGGGGUUAAGUGACUUGCCCAGGACCUCCCAGCUAGUCUCUAGGCCUGGCUGUUCCUCCACUGAGCCACCUCACUGCCCCUGUGUAAUCGUAUUCUCCAAAGAACCACUUUCAGGCCCUCAGACAUAGGGCUUCUCAAAGAGCCCUGAUCCGGGCCUUUUCUUCUGCUCCCGGCUCUGCCACCAGCUAGGCCCCGUCUGACUUUGUACAAGGGCCUCCGUUUUCUCCUCUGUAAAGUGAAAGGGCUGGAUUAGACGGGAGAGAAGAAGUAUUUCUAUAGCCCUUCUAUAGCCUUUCUAUAGCUGUGCAAAGGGCUUUUUUUACCCAUAUUGUCUCAUUUGAAUCUCACAACUAGCUUGUGGGGUAGGUGCUAUUAUUAUCUCCACUGUACAGUGGAGGAAACUGGAAAACAGAGGUUUCAGGGCCUUGCCCAGGGCCAUCUAGCUAGUAAGAGUUUGAGUCUGAUUAUGGACUCAGGUCUUCUUGACUUCCGGCCCAGAGCUCUCAGCACUGGCCUUCCUAGAGCGCUCUAGGCUCCAGAAAUGGUAGUGAACUGCAUGACAAAAAAGUUUAGAUUUUAAAUCUUUCAUUCUUCACUUUAAUUUUAUAACCACUUCAAAUUUCAACUUGGUUUUUUAAUGUUACUCAAAUUAUUUUAAAGUGUAAAAUUGCAAGCCGAAAAACUGCUGCUUCUCCCAGAUUUUUGCUUUUAUUGAACAAAUAACUGCAGGCCCUUUUUUUUUUUUUUUUUUGGAGAGAAUAGUGUUCCAUUCUGUGAGACAUUGUCUCUUGGGAAUUACAAGUCCUGAAGUCUUUUCUCUCCUCUCCUGCCUUAGAAAUUAUCCUUUUUUUUUUAAAUUCUUACCUUCCACCUUAGAAUCAGUACUGUGUAUUGGUUCUAAAGCAGAAGAGCAGUACUUGGGUUAGGGCUAGGCAAUGAGGGUUAAGUGACUUGUCCAGGGUCACGCAGCUAGGAAGUGUCUGAGGUCAGAUCUGAACCUAGGACCUCCCGUCUCUAGAUCUGGCUUUCAAUCCAGUUGCCCCCAAUCAUCCUCAUUCUGAUGGUGGCUGUGAGUGGUAGUGAUCUGAGGAAGACCCCUGCCUUCUGUGCACCAUUUUCUUUAGUGGUCAGCUCAGACCAAAAGAAAGAAAUUGAGGAACACUACAAUAAUUGGUCACACCAGGUAAUUUCCCAUUUGAAUUUACACAAUGAAUUUUGUAUGUGACUUAAAGGUUUGGAAAUUUCCCCUUCUCUUUGCUCACCCAGACUCUUAACUUCAUUUAGAUUUUAAACAUCUUUUGCUGGGAUAACUUUUUAUUACAGACCUGACAAACAUGAACAAAUAAUGCAAAGAGGUUAUAUGUAUGAAGCUGUGAAUCAUUGCAUAGAGUAUUUCUUUUAAAAAUAUUAUUAAAAUUAAAUAGUUGUACCAACAA